AUGAAGCAAGAAUCGCAAGUCAUAGAAGCUUUACUAAAGCUCUCUCCUCCUAGGAUAUUAGAAGAUCUAUACAAGACUUAUGCUUAUAAGUUUGAGGUCUUGCAAAACGCAAUAGAGCAACAAAUAGUGCAAAGGGCGGUGGCCCUACUCGCAUCUAACAUGGGCUCAAUGUCGAAAGAUGCCAUGUGCAUAGCGUUGUCCCUUGAUGCCAACGGAACCAUCAACAAGAAGCUUCAUCAAGAUCUGGUUAACGAUACCUCUAAGAUUGACCUGUCUUCCGAACAUCUGAUUCAAUUCAACGAGCAUCUUGGGACUUUUCAAUUCUGUCAUAUUACGGCCUUUGAAUUCUUUAGAACACACGAGCCGACUGCUUACAACAUCCAAAUUGCAGAGCUCUGCCUAUUCUACCUGUGUUCUCUGGAACUUGGCCAAGGAUCUCUGGACGAUGCCACAUGUUGUAACCCAGAGAGCCUUGAGUUGGUGAUGCAUAAUCAUCCAUUUUUACCAUUUGUCUGUUCAAUGUGGGCCAUAAGCAUUCAGAAGAGUUUCAUAUCCAACAAUAUUCUAGCUAUCGAAAAGAGGUAUUCAACAAUCCUCGACCUGCUACAAAUCCUGUUUGCCAAAUGUCAAGGAGUCAAAUUUGGGAACCUUCAGUUGGCAUUUCAAGUCUAUUUAUUUAUUAUGGGCAAGAGAUCACCAGUCAGAGUUCACCACGAACAAAUUGUUUGCUACUAUGGCCUUGCCGGGCUCUUUGAUGUUUUUAUCUCAAGGAAAUGGUUCGAUGUGACAAAGCUUGAUAACGAUGGAUUAACUCCCAUCCACUGGGCUUUACGGAAUACCAUGAAAAUAUACGAUGUCGGCUCUACCGUUGAGAAACUGAUAGGAAAUGGGGCGGAUAUCAACGCGAAAGACAAAGAUGGUCAUACUCCUCUACACUAUGCGGCUCGUUACGGGAAUUUACAGGCUGUGGAGCUCCUCGUUCAAAAGGCAGAACUCAAUCGAACAAAUGCAAACAAAGAAACAGCCCUCAUCAUUGCUUGUAGGAAGCACCAUGAAGAUGUGAUAUUGUGCCUUGUCGAGGCCGGGGCAGACGUAAGGAAACAAAGCUCUUUUGGCACGGCUUUACAAGUCAUAUCCUUGAUUGGGUGUUGUCGCUGUGCCGAUGCAAUUCUCAAACGUUAUGAAGAGUCCAAAGUCGUUGAAAAACACUGGCCAUUCGGCACUUCUCUCCACUCUGCGGCAUUUCACGGCUACACAGAACUUGUUAAACGUCUUUGCUCGAAACGGAUAAAUAUCCAUGCAACGCACAAAAUAUACGGGACCCCCGUGACAGCUGCCAUUAUGGGGCUCAAAUCAGGACUAGAUGUGAGCCCUUUCCUGAAUACUGUCAAGAUACUGCUCGAGCACGGCGUUAAAGUCAAUGAUCGAAGCGGUACACUCGGACCAGCUCUCCUAGCAGCAGCAUACCAGGGAAACCGGGACAUGGUAGUUCUACUUUUUGAGAACGGCGCUAAAAUUAGUAAAGCCAUAGGACGAACGGGCACGGCGUACGAAGUUGCAAAAACUCGUGGACAUACAGACAUUAUGCAUGUUUUGUCGGAGAGAGGCAAAGGGACUGUGGAUUACGACGAGGAUCGCGACCUCCCUUGGCAUGAUCGUCAACAGAUUCUGCGACAAGUAUUUAGGACAACCGUCAGAGCUGGUAGCAUGGAAACGAUCAAUCGUCUCAUCAAACAAUCCGAGAAAUCUUUGAAAAAAGCAAUUCAGAAUGGCGAAACUCUUUUCCUCAAAGCAUUGGUUAGGCUGGGUAAGGACUCCUUCGAGGACGUGAUAAAGGUGGCUACGAUGUCGCAAAAUGACAUUGACGUACCUACAACAAGACAAGAAAAUAACCAUAUAUUGCGUCUUCGAGACGACUUGUCCGAGUUUCUUGGUUUAGGCUCUGCUAAUAAAGACGGUGAAUCCAUCUUGAAUCAUGCAGCUGGCACUAAUGGUGUGACAUCGCCUUAUAUCGGCAUAUCAACAAAUACACUUAUCCAAGGCGGCCGAGGAGAACAUUUCUCACAAGUGUUAUAUCGAAUGGCUAGAGCCGCAGUGAACAUAUUGGACACUGCUAUUGCGACCAAUGACAGACAACUAAUCGGAUUCAUCACGAACAUAUGGGUCGAAGCACUGAACAAUCUCGUGUUCUAUCCUGGUUUGGGAGAGCCAGUAUUGGAAAUGGCAGUCCAGAAGCAAGCAAGCGAGAUGAAGAGACACCUUUUUAACGAACAACUGAGUUUGCAACAAAAGUUCCAAAAAGCAGAGGCUUCUGUUCUACCUGGUAUUGAACUGCUUUUGGUGGCUACUGAGCGCGGCAAAAGUUUCAGGCACUUGUCCUUUGUUAUCUCCAAGGUCUGGAUGAUCGCAAUGGAUGACAUAGUAGGGCAUCUUGGCAGGGAAGGAGAAGCACCGAUGCAGGAAAUAAUUCGCAUACUUGCGGAGCGAUUGUCGGUAGCAAUCAAAGCCAAAGAUCAACUCAGUGCUGAAGUCUGUGGACAAGCUGACAUUGAGCUCCUGAGAGCGGCAGCAUUGAGUCCGAGGCCAAGAUUGCUAUCCGGAUUCAGUGAGAAGUUGGUGGUGGAACUGGGAGCGAGACGUAUGGAAAGCAUGGACUCCAUGAUUGACAAGAUUGCACACAUGAGAUGGGAAGAAUACCAAAGCUGCUGCAAGUAUUCGGAAUAUGACAAAGCCCUUGGCCUUACGCUUGUAGGUCUGGGAGUGCUACGCACAGCUAUCAAGCAGGGAAUCGGCUGUGUGGCAUCCAAGUUACAGCCUUUUAUUGAAACAGGUUUUGAAAUGGCUCGAGAAGCUCAUUUGGAUUGCCAUACAUCUACUGGUAAUGAUAUUCCGGUUCACGACCUAGAGGCUAUCUUUGAUGCUACUCUCGACUUGUUUGCAGCAGCUGAAGAGAUACAACCCGGCAGCCUGAAAACUUUGGCCUUGAAAAUUCUUGCCUUUUUCGGAGUCAAAUCAAGGAACUACCAGCAAAGCGUUAUAAUGCUUGUCUCUCGACGCGUUGAAGAGGGCGUUCGAAUCGUUAACCCGACUGAGCGAAGAAAACAAAUGCUUCGGAUUGCUAGGACUAUUCUUGCUUUCGCGGAUGCGGAUAGGUGUAACAAAGAGAGAAGUCUCACAGUUAUACUAGCUCUUAACCAAAUACCCUUCAAGCAUUUAGUUAGGGUAUUGCUAACUAUUGACGAGAUAAAGGAGCUGCCUGGAUAUAAAGAUUGUAUUGAGUAUGUAUUUGGAAAAGGAAUUGGACAAGGUGGGAAAAUAUAA